CAGUGAUAAAGCACACUGGCUGGUCCAGAUGUGGUUUGUUCGACCUCUUCUUACGUCAUCUACGGCUUUUAGUGUCGUCACUCUCUUGGCCGGUACACAUCCAGAUUACAAAGGCUUGUUGUUUGGUCCUGAUCUGUCAGCGGCUGUGUGUGAGCGUGUGCUACUACGCCUCAGACGAUUUGCCUUCACAUCCGAAGGAAAGGGCCGAGCGAUCCACCACAUUUGUGCGGAAACGGCGG